GAUAAUUUAAACCAUUAAAUAAAAUAGAGUGACUUAAGUUAAGUUGUCUUUAAUAAAUGUAGAAAAAGGUUUUUUUUAAUAGUUUUUCAUUUGUAACGAUCUUCGUGCCUGAUGUGAGCAUAUCCACUUUCUUCAAUUUUUAUUGUUGUUGUUGUGUAUAUAUCUACAGUUGUUGCCUUAUGUUUUUUCUUUUUGGUCAGAGUAUCAAUGGUCAGAAUUUUGUUAUGAUCUUGUCAGAGUAUAGGUUAUGUUUGGAAUAAGUUAUUAAUUAUUUUAUUUAUUAAUAAAAAGUUAAUGUAAGAACUCUAAGAAUGUAUAUUGUCCAAAUAAGUUUGGAGUGAACAAUUUAAGGUGAUAAUAAAAAACUGUGACGCUGAUAUGGAGAAAGUUUGUCGUUCUUGCAUGAGCGUAAGCUCGGAAAUAAGAAGUGUUUUUGAUAUAGACAUUUUUGACGGUCAAGCAAUGCAAAUAUCGGAUAUGAUUAUGGCUUGUGCUGAAGUUCAGGUCCAAGAAGAUGAUGGUCUUCCAUCUCAUUUGUGUUCAAAAUGUGAAGUUAAAUUGCAAACUGCAUUUACUUUUAAAAAGCAAUGUGAAAAAUCAGAUGCUAUUUUCCGAGCUCUCCCACCAGAAACUAAAGUAGAUAUUAAGGAAGAAUGUUUAGAAAAUUUAAACAUAAUUGUACAACUAGACAUUAACAAUGAUUGUACCACAUAUGAGGACAACAGUUUGUCUGAUUCAAAUUAUGAAAAUGAAAAACUGAUUGCAGAACCUGACUCCAGUCAAAAUAAAAAUAAGUGUGCAACUUGUGAUGACAACAAUUUCUUAGAUCCAAAUUGUGGGAAUGAAAAAAACAAUGCAGAGUGUGACUGCAAACAAGAUAAAAAUGAUUUAACAUGUAAUUAUUGCUGCAAAAUAUUACGCUCCAAAAAAGGCCUUAAAAUUCACAUGAGAAGACAUACUUGUGAUAUUUGUUCUGCUUCAUUUACAAAAACUGAUCAUCUAGUGAGACAUAUGAGAGUGCAUAAUGUAGAGGAAAAUCAAAAAUACGUUUGUAUAGAAUGUGGUGCAGAAUUUGCCAAGUCCUAUGACUUAUCAAUACAUAAAAAGGAACACAUGACUACUAAAAAUGAAGAAGAAUUUGAGGAUGACAAAAAUAUGAGAAGCAAUAUGUAUUCAGCACAUGAAAGUGAUGAAGCUAUUAAUGUAACUUUGGCUAAGACAAUUAAAUGUGAAUUUUGUAACAGAAAGUUUAAAUAUAGAAAAAGUUUUAUGCACCAUAUACAACUGAAACAUGGAAUGACAGACGACAAUGAUAUUCCUUUUAUUUCUGUUAUUUCUGGAAAUAUGCAGACAAAAGUGUCACCUGAGAAAGCAAGAGAAGAGAAAGAGGAAGAGUUUUCCUUUAAAAUACCUGAUAAAAACAACGCAGACGUUUCUUCUGAUAACAAUUUAAUGCCUCACAAGUACAACCAUUGCGACAAAGAAUUAAUCAGCAGGGAACACAUAAUGAAGCACAGUGACAAAGAUCAUGUUUACAAGCCUUAUAUUUGCACUAUUUGUAACAAGAAUUUUGCGAGAGGCGAUCAUCUUAUAAGACAUGUACAAAUACACAAAACUGGAACUGAUGCGAGCGUUUUGAUGUGUUCUAUAUGUGAAAAGGUGUUUGAUAGUUCUGACCAGUUUGUACGCCAUACGAAAGUUCACUUGCGACAAGACAAACACCAUGUGUGUUCUGAAUGUGGAAAGGCUUAUAACCGCCUCGACAAUUUGAAAACUCAUCAACGUAUUCAUUUCGGCGUAAAAGACAACAAGCUGCACCUAUGUAUUUAUUGUGGCAAGGAAUUCAAUAGCUCGAGCAACAUGAUUGUGCAUAUGAGGAGGCAUACCGGGGAACGACCCUAUAAAUGUAGCCAGUGUGGAAAAGGUUUUCCUCGUUCCGUAGACCUCAAAUGCCAUGAAAGAACCCACUCAGGAGAGAAACCAUACUUGUGCACAUUGUGUGGAAAAUCUUUUAUCAAAAGUAGCAAAUUGUUAAGACAUUCAAGAGUACAUACAGGCGAACGUCCGCAUGUGUGCAACUUAUGCGGCAGGACAUUCAUUCAGUCGAGCGGUCUUACUCUACACAUGCGUAAACAUACGGGAUCCCGGCCGUAUACGUGCGGUGUUUGUCCUGCUCGAUUUAUUCAAUCAGGACAGUUAAAGAAUCACCGACAUACCACUGGCCACUGGAUGGAAACGCAGCCUGAAUUGAAAGGAGGACAUCGUGUAGAACCAGUCACUCCAGUGAUUAAACCGGCACCGAUUAAGUUUAAAACUCAUGGCAAAAAUAAUACUAUAGAAAAAAUCGAAAAGCAAGAUGUGGAAUCAGAUUUCUAUUGUUGUAGGAUUUUGCUAUCUAUGACCUCAAGUCUUUAUCUAUGGUGAAUUCUGAAUAGUACAUAGGUUAUGUUUGGAGUUAGUUUUUCGACCUUAAUUAUUAAUAAAAAGUUAAAAUUAAACUAAGAAUCUUUAUAAUAUUAUGUAAAUAAGUUUG